CCGUCACCCGCCUUCCCCUCGCGGCACCGGGCGGGGUGGUAGCGCGGCCUGAUGGCCCCAUGCAAGCGGAGGGAAGGGCGCGGAGCUGGCGGCGCCAGGAAAGAAACACGUCCUGAGGCGAGGAAAAGGAUGAAAUUCGGUUGCCUCUCCUUCCGACAGCCCUAUGCAGGAUUAGUCCUAAACAAAGUCAAAACAGUAGAGACUCGCUGGAGUCCUUUGCUUGCGGGUUAUAAGAACUGCACCAUUGCUCUUCAUAUAGCGGUCAAGGACUGGGAAGAUGAAUCCUGGAGAGCAAUUCUUUUGGAUAGGUUUGGUAUGACACCAACACAAGUACAAGAUCUGUUGGAUGAAGGUGAAAAAUUUGGCAGGGGAGUUAUUGCAGGAUUGAUUGACAUUGGAGAGACAUCCCUGUACCCCGAAACCUUGCCUCCUGAAAAGAUUCUUGAUCUGGAAAACAAAGCUGUCCUCAGUAAUCUAGAAGAGAAAUACUUGACUGUUGUUUCAAAUCCAAGAUGGCUCCUGGAGCCAAUUCCUGCCAGAGGAAGAAGAGGUGUGUGGCAGGUGGACAUCCCUGAAGAACUGAUCCCUUUGGAAGUGUAGGUGUUGUCCCUCACUAUGAUUUUUCCAACCUGAAUGUGUGUAUGUAACUCACGAGACAGCAUCUUGAAUACCCGUGAGUUGUUUAGGAUUCCCUUCAAAAAGGAAUUCUUAGAAAUAGUAAAUGCAUUUUGAAGAACUCCUCUUUUAAGUCAAAAUAAAGAAGAUGUGAUUUUUAUGACCAU